AAUACAACUGCUUUUUCAGCUCAUGGUUGCCACAACAAGAUGUGAAGAGAUUGUCAUUGACAAGUUGAGGCUCUUUGAAUCUAACCAGGCUUGGUUAGAAUUAGAACAAAAUGCAAAAACUCAAGUUGUGAAGGAGUUCGGUGCACAAACAAACUCUAUCUUGACUAUGUAUCUCACCGAAUAUGAUAAGGAAACCUUGAAUUUUGAAAGUAGUACUAAUGGAAGGUACGAUCAACAAGUACUUGAAGUCAGAAGCUCUAAACGCCAAGAUCUGACGUCAAAAGCACUAAAGGUGGUAUUUCCUGCUUAUAUUAAUACGUUGGGUCAUCUUCGAUCCGAGACGCUGCAAAGCUUCACGACUCAACUCAUAGCUCGCAUACAAAAUUUUUCUCUAUCUGCAUUUGAGUCAUUUCAGACAUGCUAUGAAUCUUGUGUGGUGCAGUUUGAUCAGCAAUGUUCAGAUUAUGCUACCAUAGAGCAGGCAAAAUGGGAGGACGAUGCUUCAGCUGUGCGUGAACGACUUCUCCGUGAAAUAAAAGAACAUGCACUCAGUCAGCUACGGGAUGAACUCUCCACUAGUGUUACUACAAAAGUGAUGAACGUUGUAACAGAUGGGAGUGUGACGGACAAAUGGGGUUGUAUUAGAAGUUUCAUGGAGACUAAGAAAAGGCCAGCUAAACUGGCGGUUGUUGGUAUAUUUGGAGCGGAGAAUGAACAAAUUGAGGGAAUCGUAACUGAUUUAGAGAAACAUGCUAGAGACAGAGUGGUGACCUGUUUUAGAGAUGAAUCUCAUAAAGUCGAAAAACGCAUGCGAGAGAGGUUCAUUCUUGCUUUAGCGAUAGGCGGCAAUACGAUGUCGAAUAAGGAGGAGGCCUACCAUCAGUGUUUGGAUAUGUUGUCGGCAAUGGCUGUAAUACGUUUAGAUGAUCCAAACGUCGUUGUCGUACAAAGAGUGCUACGUUCUGGGUUUCUCUUGAAUGCAAUUAGCGGCGAUGGGAUUUCAGCAGAUUCUCCUUCUUCAGUUAUAUGGGAAAAUGCCCCUCCUCACUUGACUGUGAUCCCCCCAUCGAGAUGCGAGGAAAUAUGGACCAAAUUUAAACAAGAUAUGGAGGGUCAUUUCGCCACUCUUGAGAGGCAUCAAGAGCAACAGAAGCAAAAUGGGACGCACGCUCUUCCAAAAUGGGCAAUUUUGGGAUUGUGUGUUCUCGGAGUUUCUGCCUUCAUUCUUUUUCUUCGAAGUAACCCGAUACUCGCCACCCGGUUAGCUAUAGCAGUAGCGAGCUCACGUGGGUUAAUUACGGUGCUCAAAAGUGGGAGAUAUAUGGAUUCUGCCACUAAGGAGGAGAUUGACUUGAAUGAUAUUCUAAGCAGAUAUCCUAACUUAAUGUCAUAUGUGCACGAAAAUUUGGAUGCAGCAUAUAAGUGCCUCAAUAUUGCACAGAGGAUAAUAAACAGAGUCACUCCGGUUCUAGCUUAAAUUUAGAAAUCAUGAAACGUGUGUCCUCAUUAUAGGUUUGAGUCUUUUAGUUGGAGUCUACGUACUAUUUCACUUGGGUGUUUAAAUAAUGGUACUCUUUUAUCUACCUGGGGUUUCUUCCCAAGGGAGGUUUUAACGAGGCCCGGUCCAUGAGUUUUCAUUUGAGACUCUCAUGUGUUUUGAAUGUCUUUCGGAUUAUUUUUUUCCUUCUUGUAUAUGAAUUUAUGACGAUGAGUGCUUGCUUUUGUAUA